AUGGCGGAUGCGGCUGCGUGCGACGGCGGCGGCGAGGCAGGGAAGGUGGAGCGUGCGGAGAGGAGCCUGGGGUCUGGGUGGCGGCGGCCUAGGAGUGACCUUAUACCGAGGCGAUGGAGUUCUCGUGGCCGUCAGAUGGGGCUAGCUAGGGUUUUGGAAUUGUCCAGGACCAACUGGAUAUGGAAUGCUGCCGCGGGGGCCUUCUCCCACACUCCACCGGCCUCGGUUGCGUCCUCCCGGACGGCGAGGAGGACCGCAUCAGCGCCCUCACCGACGACAUCCUCCUCCAGAUCCUCGCCCGCAUCGGCUGCGCCCGCGCCGCCGCGCACACGAGCCUGCUCGCGCGCCGGUGGCGCGGGCUCUGGGCUCACCUCCCCGCGUUCACGUUCCACCACAUCGCGCCCGGCUCGCUCGACGCCGCGCUCGCCCUGGUUGCCCGCCCCGCGCCGUCGCUCCUCGACGUGCACUUGCUCCUCGUUGCUCGGCGCCGCCGCCGCGCUGGCGCCGGCAGAGAUCGUCGUCCACGUCACCGGGGGCAUACUAGGCGGCCCCUUGGAGCUGCCCUGCUUCGACCGCACAGUCUCCAUCAAGCUGGAUUUGUACUUUGUCCGCUUCACGUUGCCGCCCGCGGGAGGCUUCCUGGCGCUCGAAAGCCUCCACCUGGAGAACGGCUGCAUCGACCUCAGCGACUUGCUCCCACGCUGCCCUCGCCUGCGGAAGCUUUUGAUCCCCUUUUGGAAUUCCCAGUCGAUAGUGGUCAGGUCACCAUCGCUCGAAGAGUUCAGUGUUCAUGCCAACUUCAAUAUCGCGCAGCUUGAGAUCGUGGCCCCUGCGCUUAAGAGGUUGUAUAUGGAUGCCUAUCGCGGUAUCCACGAUGAUUGCAAUGUGGUGUUCGCGGCGCCUGCGGUGAAGGAUCUGACAUGGAAGUGCGAGUGCAAGGCCCUAACUUAUAUGUUUGGUGUUAUAUGGCGCAUGUGGAGCCUGACCUUUGAGUACACUCAGCUGGACAAUAACAUCGACAGCCAAAGCGUUUGUUUGCAGUCACAGCACCGCCCUUUUGUUGGCGUCCUUUCACUGAGCUUAGAGACCAAUGUUUUGCCAGGAGAUGUAUCGAAGACCUUCGAGCAAGAGAUAUACCGAUUUCAGGUUACUGAUUGUUCUGUUUUGGAGCUGGAUCUCAUACAACAAGGCCAUGUUUAUGGAACAAUCGUCCUCCAUCUUCUUGGCCUUUGUACUUCUAUACAAAGGCUUAAGGUGACGCUAGAUGAAUUUCUCAGGGAAGACUCCUGCUAUGCAAAUUGCUGGUGUGAUCAGCCUAAUAAUUGGAGAAGUCAGAGUAUCUCCUUGAUUGAUCUUAAAGAAGUGGAAAUCUAUCGCUUUAGAGGACAAGAUCACGAAGUUGAUUUAUUGAAAGUACUCUUGAGAUGUGCAACCGUGCUUGAAAGGGUGACUCUGGGAUUUUCCAGAAAAGUCUCAUCAAGUGAUAGUGCAUGCAUGAAAAUCGUUGGCAUUUUAGAGGAUUAUCCUUCUGUGAAGUGCAAUUUUUAUCAGUAUGGCAAGCUGAUUUUUAUGCGUGAAUAGGAUGCUAUUGCAUGAAGCAGGAUGUGAUUUAGCCCAUUCCUGUCAAGAUUGGAACUUCCUUUAUUCUUCUCGACUUUUCCCAUGUAGGUUUCUGAAUAAAUAUUGGUCUCUGUGAGCUUGUUCACAGGGUGGUGACUCUAAUUUAUUGUGUGUCUAGUCGAAUAAAAUGAAUUAUGCUUGUGUCCC